AUGGAAGACCUGCCCGCGACGGCCGAACCCUCACAUCUUUACCAGACCAACCCGUGGUCGCAUGCCGCAUCUGCCUCUACUUCUCCUAGAGUACAGUCGCCCACGUCACCCGAGACAUCGCCGGGUUAUUUCCCAGCCCAUCUGGAUUUCCUACCCAUCUUGUACCCCCACCAGUCCUCGCUCUACCAGGACAAGCUCCUUCAAUACAACAAACUUAUCUCAGCUAGUCGAGGCGGAGGCGGUGGCGGACUGCAAACACAAGCGCCCCCUCCGGUGCUUACGUCGCAUCCCCAGCCCACGACACGGGCCAGGGCUUCCUCUAAGGUGUCGAGCAAGGACAACCACGCAAAGCAGGGUGUGCAAAGUUGUCAUGGGAAUAGAACAGCGAAGACCACGGAGAUCGCCGAACGCGCGCACAUAACAUCGGGGAAGGAACAGCCCACAAAAAUGUCGGGGAAAAGGCAACAAUCGGAGCAGCCCACCAGCAACGGGCUGCCAGCGCGACCGCUGCCAGCUCCUAGCCAUGCCUCCCAUUUCCCCGCGAUCCACUCGAGCUCGGUACCAUCCACACCCCAUCAACAUGCCCGCAAGUACUCAUUUGAGUCACGAGAACAAUCGCCAGGCGCCACACAGAACCACUCGCCUCGCUCGGCCUACUCGGAGACGAACGGCAAUGUUCCCUCACUGCGUCCGCUUCCUCCUCGGCUGGGAAGCUGCCGGUUCGAGACUGCCAUCCCCUACUCGCGUCGCCGGAUGCCUUACAACUUAGGAACGGACAAGUUGGAGAAGGUCGACCCGAGUCUCAUCAGGAGCACGUUAGCCGAGGACGACGAGAAAAGGCUCGAGAAAGACUUGCGACAACUCUACCACAGGUUAUUACCAACUAAUGAAGUUGAAAUUAAUCGGCGCAACCUGGUCGCGAAGCUGGAGAAGCUAUUCAAUCAGGAAUGGCCGGGGCACGACAUUCGAGUACACCUAUUCGGGUCGUCUGGCAAUCUCCUGUGUUCUGAUGAUUCUGAUGUUGAUAUCUGUAUCACAACCCCGUGGCGAGAGUUGGAAAACGUGUGCUUGAUCGCAGAUCUGCUGGAUAGGCAUGGUAUGGAAAAGGUCGUCUGUGUUUCUUCGGCAAAGGUGCCCAUUGUCAAGAUUUGGGACCCAGAGCUCAACUUGGCUUGCGACAUGAACGUCAACAACACGUUGGCGCUAGAGAACACACGGAUGGUCCGUACGUAUGUCGAAACUGACGAGCGAGUGCGACCUCUGGCCAUGAUUAUCAAAUACUGGACGCGUAAGAGGAUUGUCAAUGACGCAGCAUUUGGUGGGACCUUGAGUUCCUAUACGUGGAUCUGCAUGAUCAUUGCCUUUCUUCAGCUACGGGACCCUCCUGUGCUCCCAGCACUUCACCAGAAGCACCAGCUGAAGCUCCCGAGGCCUGACGGGACACGGAGCGAGUUUGCCGACGACUUGGAAAAACUGCGCGGUUUCGGAUCAAAGAACAAGGAAACCUUGGCCAGUCUUUUAUUCCACUUUUUUCGAUUCUACGCACACGAGUUUGACUACAGCAACCAUGCGCUCUCGAUACGACUUGGGAAAACAAUCACCAAAACAGAGAAAAAAUGGCAUCUCCAUUCCAAUAACGUGCUCUGCAUCGAGGAGCCGUUCAAUACGGUGCGGAACCUCGGCAAUACGGCAGACGACACGUCCUUUCGGGGGCUUCAUUUGGAGUUGCGGAGGGCCUUUAGUCUGAUUUCUGAAGGCAAGCUCGCAGAAUGCUGUGAGGAAUACGUGUUCCCUAAAGAAGAAGAACGGGUAUAUCAUAAGCCCGCCGCACAGGCGCCCAGGCCGAUACUUGUUAGGAGCUCGUCUCAGCAGAAUGGGGGCCGUGGUGGUCGGGGUGGGUACCGUGCGAACCGGCAGUUCAGCCGGAAUGGGAACUCCAGUCGCCGUGCGUCUUCAAGCGUAGCUGCUUACGACACAAACGGGACAUUCCCGCCGCAAGGGAUGCCCACAACCAUGGGCGGGCAAGAAAUCUUGUGGUACCAGGCCCCGCACCCUCCGAUGGGGGUACCUCAGGAGUUACUUGCUUCGUCGCUCAACGCCUUGGCUGCGCACGAAACCAACCUGCGAUUCCAACUGUACACGCAGGCCCAGCAGAUCAACCAGCAGCAAGUGCUCGCGCACGCUCAGCGGAUGCAAGGCGGGUCGACGCAAGCCACGGAUAGGUCCCGGACAAAUUCUUUCGACAAUCCGCCUUUGACAGCUCCUAUUCGGCCGGAGCUGAUCUACGGCUUUGGAUUUCCAAUUCAGCACCCGGCGUACUUCCACCCUAGCUUCACCACGUAUCCAUCCUCGCCUACGACGGCCACUGCGGCGGCAAACGGGUUGCCAGAUUUCAGAAGAAGCCUUCACCGAACUGCGGCAACGACGGAUGCAGGCGCCGGGGCCGGUAGCGGUGCCCUUAGGUCGCAAUCCCAGCCAGCGUCGAGAACGUCAAUGGUCGGGUCUCAGGUCAUACCUGGAAACCCUGCACCAAGCCGGGCUCAGAAUGGACAGUCGGCAUCGCAGCAGCGGCAGGUCAACGGUGUUCCCAUUCCAAGUUUUAUGGCGGAUGAGGCUGCCGAUGUAGACUUUGACGAUGCACCGGCCAAGGCGGUGACGGACUCGCCGCCAGAGGAUGACGGCCCUCGUUACAUUGGCUAUUAUGUCAAUGAAACAUCAAGCCCCCCUCAGAAGAGUGGCAUCUUCCCUAGCCCUCCCAUACCGUCGUUUGGUGAUCUGGGCCAGGGUGUAUCGGGACGCCGUAGGUUGUCACAGGACCAGCUUCCGCAAUCGAUCCUCGACCGGAGAAUGAAGCGGACGUCCAGGUCGCCUUCCCCCCUGGGACAUGCUAGAGCCUUCUCGGUCGGGACAAGCUCGGCUCCGCUCACUUCGGCCCCCUUCCAGCAGAUAAACAGCAAGCUGAUGGCGAGUCGCGGCCCGGUUGUGGUCAAUGGUACGGCGCCGAACUCAGGCUCAGCCUCGAGCUCUAGCCGCCAAACGCCAAGUUCGGAGCGCACAGCGUCAGACGACGGAAACUUUGACAACCCGCUGCACAUCAGCCAGGGGUUGGGUAUCAGUGGUUCAUGGGUGGAUCAACGUGGUGUUCACCCGGCGGGGAGUUUGGAGCCUAGCCCCCCAUCAUUUCCAGACCGGCCGGUAAUAGUGAAUGGUUCAUCGGGCAGUCGUACUCCCACAACGGCCCAUGUUGCGCCUGAUGCAUCGAUCAACCAGCGCUUGAUGAUGGGUACCGCCCUGCAAUCGGGAGUCCCUUACCAGGUGGUGGGUGGCGAAAGUAACGGGAUAGUUGGGUUUUCACCUCCGACAGGUGGCAGAUCGCGGGUCAUCUCGCGCCAACAGCAGAGUGGCAUUGCGCCGUUGGACCUGGCUACGGGCGAGUUCACGGUUGCUCAAGAGCUGCAGCACCUUUCGCCUGUGUACGAGCACCGCACCCCGUCGCCAACCGCCGUACGAAGAUUUGACGCGCCGCCCAUUGUAUCACCGUCUCUGGGCAGGCAGUCGAGGGAGCCCAAGGUGGAGGCCUCAAAGGUUACCCAAAAGCUUGUGUUGUCGAAGACGCCACCCACCGGCCCCUCGGCCAAAAACGACGGUGCGAGCCGCUCUCCUGUCGUGGACCCGAGGGUCAAUGGCGCGGCAAAAGAAAACGGGCACACGCGUGGUGUCAAGAGCCAGAGCGAGGCAUUUGGGCCCUGGCAAAAAUCGAAGCCACGCAAGAAGGGCACAGCUGAUCCGAAGAAUACUGUCAAUGGAUUUACCCAGGGCGAGCAGUUGCCAAGGAACGAUUCCGACCGCAAGGGUGGUUGA